UUCUCCUCGGCAAUUUUAUGUAUUUACUUGGCGCUAGUGUUCCUCGUCUUCUUGGACACGCCCUGUUUGCACUUACCUUAAGUACACGUAACUUAAAGUGGUGUGUCUUCUUUGUCCAACUUGAAGCUUACUGUUAUCAACGACAGAGUCGCUGUUGAUAGCCAGAUCAUGGACUUUGCUAUGUUGGCAUAUCAUUUAUAUAUGUAACAUAUGGAUGGGCAGAGCGGCACGAUUUAAAGGUGUUGAAAUAAGAGUAUUUGAAACGUAGUUGUUCGGUCUUUUAUAAAACGAUGCUCAGCCACGACGAGACUUAUUAUGAGCGUAGAAGGCCCCAGCCGGAUCUUGGUCCAUGGAGGAAUAUCAUGCGUUUUAUAUGGAAUACCGAGAAAAGAGCAUUUCUUGAUAGAAAUUGCAGAGAAUGGAGUAAGAACGUAAUGCCAACUGUUAUUACCUUAAUUAAUAACUCCUUCCGUAUAGCUCAAGUUGGUCUCUUCUAUCUUUGCUUCUUUGGCGUAUUAUUUUCAUUGUUUGCCUUCAAAAUGUGGAUCACCAUGAGUUACGUUGCCGGUCUCGAUAAACCGUACAUACAACGUGCUAAUUUGUUAACGAGAAGUUAUCUGACAGCUGGUGCAGGUCGUUAUACUCGUACAUCAUAUUCCGGCCUUAGUGCACCAGGUACAGGAUUCAUACCAAAUAUUUUGACGCCCACUAGUUCACCGAUAAUAUGGAUAAGCCAAUCAAGUGAUAAGGGAAGACCAGAAAAAUAUAUGCAGAUUAUAACAGAUUUUUUAUUAGGAUAUCACAGAAACGCAUCCGAGUAUUCCGACUCGUGCAUCGAAGGAAAACCGAGAACUGAAUUUGAUGGAAGACCCUGUUUCUUCGAUAUAAAUAGAUUAGGAAUUUGUGGAAAAUUUCCUUAUGGCUAUACAGUGCCAGUGCAGCCCUGCGUGCUAGUGAAAUUCAACAAAGUAUUUGACUGGAUCCCCCAUUACUAUGAGAAAGUUUCAGAAUUACCAGAUAAAAUGCCAGACUGGUUGAGGAAUGUCAUUAGGAAUUCAACAGAGUAUCAGAUCUGGCUGUCCUGCGAAGGUAGUAAUAACGUCGAUAAGGAACAUAUUGGACUUAUUGAAUACAUACCAAAAUCAGGAUUUUCUGUUGAAUAUUUUCCUUACACGGGACAGACCGGUUUCUUGUCACCUAUUGUUGCUCUGCGCUUCUUGAAUCUUACAGCCAACAGAUUAAUAACUGUGGAGUGUACAGCAUGGGCUAAGAAAUACAGUUACACAAUGGAUUUUCAGAUAAUGAUCGGUAAGAGAUUGUUUAAAACAAUUUAAUCCAUUUAUUAAAUCAUUCUAUAUUAAAUUUUUUCAGAAGAAUAAAUUCCUUAGCUUUUUCACAGUCACGGAUAACAUCCUGAAAAAUUUGAAAAUUAAAUAAAGAGGUAUAUAUAUGAAAAUGACAUCUCACGUCAGCAUAUACGUAUUUACAUAAUCAACAAGAAGAUAAUUGGUAGCAAAUUUAAACAGAAUAACCCUGCAUAUCUAUUGCGCACACAAUUCCGUCGACAAGCGCACUGUGAUAACGCACAGUGGUGCCUUGUCACACACUGCCAACUGACGGAAUACUCAGCCGUUAUUAUCACAAUCACGUAUCGACAGAGUACAACACAACAAUAAAAGAUCUUACCUACGGAGCAUAAAACAUUAUACUAGCAGAGUCAGUCUGUUAAGCAUACAGUUCGUCCAGGAGUUAAAUGCGCUUAUAUUAAUUGAACCACACUUGGCAUUGGAUAAAACUUACGCUAGAAUUUUGCACCGAAAUAUAUUUUUUGUUCCCCGACAA